GUGUUGGCGGGGUAUCUCAUGUUCGGCACCGUGAGCGGCAUCAUGAUGGCGCUGUUCUUGGACAACGUAGGCGGGGCUUGGGAUAACGCCAAGAAAUACGUCGAGUUGGGAAAUUUCGGAGGGAAGGGCAGCGAUGCCCACAAGGCCGCUGUCACGGGAGACACAGUCGGGGACCCCUUCAAGGACACAGCGGGUCCAUCGCUGCACGUGGUUAUCAAGCUGCUCUCGACCACCAUCCUCGUGUUGGGCCCCCUCUUCAUCUCCACCGAUCUCGCUGAGAUCGCGGAAUCCAGUCCAAGCAUAGACACGUAGGUAGUUCAGCGGUGGUACUUGACGAGACGCCCUUUGAUUGCUCACUCUGUCGAUGGAAAGAGCGGGGUUGAUUUCAAUGUUGUUAUGCGCAGGGGGUUUGGAUGGAGCGGAAAUGCUCCUUGAUUCAUCUCUCUCCGAUAGACGUCCACGCAAAUCGAUGAGGAUGGAGGUUAGGGUGGGGGAUUCCUCUAAGAGUAGGCCAGGCUUUCCGCCGUUUUCUUUAUUUAUACUGCGUAGCCGCCCCCCCUAAGUACGGGAAGGUCGGCAAGGGGUGGGUGCGCGGGUGCGUGGGUGCGUGGGUCAUGUGCUUUUCGCGCGAUGGCAGCAGGGGAGAAGAGGGACAGGCUAUUCGGCUUUUGAACUUCUAGUGUGAAGUGUCCUUCGCUGUGGUGCAAAUAUUCCUGAGUCGCUGCGGAGGUCGUUUUUUUUGGGAUUCAUCGGGGGGCGGCGGCGGAGGGCGGGGGCGGGGGAGGAAUUAUAUCGGAAUCUGAUCUAAAUGGUUUCUAAGGCUCUUCUUGCUUAGCCUUGUGGCAACAUGCGGUGUCCUCAAAUCAUCUCGUACGUGCGUGAUUUUUGUUCACAAGAUGAUGGGUGAUGUUCGUCUGUCUGGACCAAGAUGUAUUUAAAUGUACUGCGAUUAGCAAGAAGAAGUCAACAAGUUUGUGAUGCACCAGUGUUUUAGUUUUUUUCAUGUGUGUUGGUCAGGCGUCGUUUGUUAUUUUGUGUGACUCCACAAAUGGUUGUCAUGUUGUCUUCAAUGGAGUGGAAUACAGCAGUAACCACAACAGCCAGUCAAAGUUGAGCGGGGGAGUGAGGAGAUCAAUGUUCUGUCUGUGGGACCGCCGCUCACCGCCUUCGAGUCGCGGCGAUCGCAUAUAGCACACAUCAAAUGUAGCUGAUGGAACAGACGACUUGUCUGCCCUAAAUAUCUAAUAUACCGCUGAAGGUGACACAAGAU